GCAAUGGUCCCGGCAUACCGCAAGUGACGCUACACCGCUCAGCUGACCACACGCGCCUCAUGCUGCUCGAGGACAACCAAUUCGUGCGAGAGAGCCUACACGACCGGGUGUUGCCGCUCGAGAAGCGCCUCGAGAUCGAAGUCGCGGGCGGCUACAAAGCCCAGGUCUCCAUGAAGCUUCCGCCCGACUACAACCCAAAUAAAAUCAAGGCUUAUCCUAUGCUCGUAUAUGUGUACGGAGGGCCGGGCUCGCAGCUUGUCAACGACAGGUUCCGUAUCGGGUGGGGCGACUACCUAGCGUCUAAGCGCGGCAUCAUCUACACGAGCAUCGACGGCCGCGGCUCAGGCUACGCAGGCGACGGCAUCUUGCAUGCGCUCAACCGCGCGCUCGGCACCGGCGAGGUCGACGAUCAGAUCUCCGUUACUGC